GUAUAAACACGGACUGUCCGGUGUUCUUCCUGUAAUGAGCCGCUUUCUGGCCUCUCGGGACGGGUGAACCGAACUGUCCGGGGUCCGAACGAACACCACCGACGGAAACCGAGCCUCUCGGGCCGGUGUCAGCGAUACUUUCUGCCGCCACAAACUCUGUUUUCUUCAGAGCUGCGCAGUUAGCGGUCCCGACCGGAGGACCGGGCGGUCUGCCCGAUGCGUUAACGCCGAGUUAACGGUCAGUUCCCGCCGUGGGCCGGUUCAACCGUGGGUCUGACCGCGUGUUUUUGUCUGGAUGUUCGGGGAAAACGAAGCAACAUGGAGUUCCGUUGGAGUCUCUCUCGGUGCUCCGACACCGUGAGGUAACGGGACUGGAACGGCGUUACCUCACACACUCACACACACACACCGAACAGCAGCUACCUGUUGCCGGUGACGCAGAGACGAUGAGCGGAGCUGCCAUCCUGCUGUCCUUACUGCUGCUCGGCGGCCGUGCUGUGUUCACCGCUGCCCGGUCCCUGAACGCACCGCAGGACGGACGGCUUCUGCCGGUGGACGGACACGCGGGUCGUUUGGACGGCCUGGUCGCUACUGUGACAGGUGUGGACAGACGGCGGCGCCCCCUGCUGGAAAAAACUCGUCCCUUUGUCCUGGUGGAUGGACAGAGGAGGAGCCUCGCUGAAGCUCUACAGGACGGCCACCCCGACAGGCUGCAGUGUGGACUGGAGGUGGCGGGACGGCUCUUCCUGCUGGACCUGGAGAAGAACCAUGACCUGCUGCCCAAACCGCCCAACGUCUUCUAUUACCUGCCCAAUGGCACCGGAGUGUCCCUGAGAGCCGACCCUGUGAGUCACUGUUAUUACCACGGCAGCGUCCGAGGCUUCCCUCAGUCCAGAGUGGCUCUGAGCACCUGCUCCGGACUCCGCGGCGUCAUCGCCAUCAACUCCACCCUGAGCUUUGAGCUGCAGCCUCAGGAGGAAGACCACCACCACCCCCACCACCAGGGGGAGGAGGAGCGGGGAGGAGGGGGAAGCGGAGGAGACGGGAGUGGAGGGAGCGGAGGAGGAGGAGGAGAUGAAGAAGGGCUCCACCUGCUGUUCUCCACCAGCCCUCUGGAAGGCGAUGGCGCUGCGGGCUGCGGGGUCUCCCACGCUGCCGUCCCCCCCAUCCACAGCUCCACCCACACACACAGGAGGAAGAGAGACAUCCUGUCUGAGACCAAAUACAUCGAACUGGUGCUGGUGGCUGAUCAUCAGGAGUUUCUGAAUUACCAGAAGAACAAUAAGACGAUCAUCUACCGCAUGCUGGACGUGGCCAACCAGGUGGACUGGUUCUACCGUCCUCUGAACGUCCGGGUGGCGUUGACCGGUCUGGAGAUCUGGAGCGACCACAAUAAGAUCCGGGUGGCGAAGAGUCCCACCGACACCCUCAACAACUUCCUGGAGUGGAGAACCAGAGAGCUGCUGCCACGCCUUCACCACGACAACGCCCAGCUCGUCAUGGGCGGCUCCUUCGAUGGCACCACGGUGGGGAUGGCGUCUCAGUCGUCCAUGUGCUCCAGAGACCGAUCGGGCGGAGUCAACGUGGACCACCUGGUCAGCGUUCUGGGCGUGGCCUCCACCGUCGCUCACGAGCUCGGUCACAACCUGGGGAUGAGUCACGACACGGCCGAACGCCGCUGCUCCUGCCAGAACGAAGCGCGGCUCGGAGGAUGCAUCAUGGAGCCGUCGACCGGGUUCAUGCCUGGUCAGCAGUUCAGCAGCUGCAGCGCUGCAGAUCUGUCGGUCAGCCUGCUGCACGGCGGCGGCAUGUGUCUGUUCAAUGUACCGCAGCCUGACCGUCUGCUGGGAGGACCUCGCUGUGGAAACCUGUACGUGGAGAAAGGAGAGGAGUGCGACUGCGGCCUGCUGGAGGAGUGUGACGACCCCUGCUGUAACGCCUCCACCUGUCAGCUGGUUCCUGGAGCUCAGUGCUCAUCUGACGGCAUCUGCUGCCACGACUGCAAGCUGCGGGCGGCGGGUUCGGUUUGUCGCGAGCCUCUCGGUGAGUGCGACCUCCCCGAGUUCUGCACCGGCUCCUCCCCUUACUGCCCCCCCAACGUCUUCCUGCAGAACGGAGAACCCUGCGAGCGUGAAGCCUCCUUCUGCUAUGGAGGCGUCUGUGCCAGCAUGCAAACCCAGUGCCAGAUGCUAUGGGGACCCAAUGCCACCACUGCUCCAGCCGUCUGUUUCUCAUCAGUCAACAAACAGGGAAACAAAUAUGGAAACUGUGGUCAGCUGACCAACGGCUCCUACAUCCCCUGUGGAACCUCUGACGUUCACUGUGGCAGGAUCCAGUGUCAGGGCGGGAGGGAGCGCCCCCUGCUGGGCACCAACGCAGAGAUCCUCACCACCACGGUCCGUUUCAACCACAGCGACCUGGUCUGCAGAGGGACCUUCUUCCACCUGGGAGACGACGUGUCCGACCCGGCCACCGUCGCUCAGGGCACCGCCUGUGGCCCCGGCAAGGCCUGUUUGAACCAGAAGUGUCAGGACGUGUCGGUGUUCGGCGUGGAUGAAUGUCGCAGGAAGUGUAACGGUCACGGGGUGAGUGGACGGAUGACGCUGUGUGUGUCCAGCUCAGUAAACUCAAAAGAUUAUUCAGCAGAAGUGACAUCACCACCCUUACAAUAUACGUACAGGUACAACACACCUGUCCCUGAUCCUCACAUCUGCUGUCAAACAGACCAGAGUUUGGUCUCAUGUUUGCUUUCUCUCCAAACAACAAAUCAUAAAUAUGUAAAUGUGUGUGAGUAUAAAUGCCCGGCGGAUGGAGACCAGAGGAAAACUGAAUUAUGGGUCGUGGAGCGGCUGCAGUGGGAAUGUUCAGACCAGGUGUGUCCAGGUGAGUGUAUGUCAGGUUGUUGUGCUGUUGCUGUGUUUCAGGUGUGUAACAGUAAUAAGAACUGUCACUGCGAUGCGGGCUGGGCUCCACCUGACUGCAGGUACUCCGGUCACGGCGGCAGCGUGGACAGCGGUCCGGCCACGCCCGGCCGAGAGUCCAACCCCGUCCGAGUGGCUCUGCUCGUCAUCUUCCUCUUCAUCCUGCCCGUCGUCCUCCUCUUCCUCGCUCUGCGCUUCCCUCGUUUCCGUCGGAGUCUCUUCUGUCUGGGCCCCAACAGCCCGUUUCAUAAGGCUCGCCAACACAACAGAACGCCGGUGAUGGAGCGAGCGGACGGCAGGAACGGAGAGCAGGUCCGACCUCUGAGAUACCACCUGAACCCACCCACUGACAUCCCACUGACCCCGCCCCACAAAGAGGUUCAUGACAGACCUGCUCCUCCCACUAAGCCACUCCCCCCUGACCCCGCCCUAAAACCCCUGCCUCAGCUGCUGGUGAGUCGACCAGCUCCGCCCAACAAGCCACUCCCCCCUGACCCCGUCACACCUGGACAGGUUCCAUCCAAACCCGUGGUGCCCAUAAAGCCCCUCAUUCUGGCCCCGCCGUCCCACCCCCACGUCCCCCCGCACCCCAGCUACACCUCCAGCAGCAAACCGUCACAACACAGAGCCGUCGCACCUGCAGCCGGCCCCAACAGACGUCCUCCUGCUCCUCCCGUCCGACCCACAAACCCUCAGAAAGUCGACUCGUCUCCACUUUAACUCCCGGCAGACGCUGAGUCGGCGUCUUCGUCCGCAGACGACGAAGAUGAUGAAGACCGCGUUUGUCGGAUUUCUCGCUUAAACCUUCACGAACUCCCAGAAACUGUAAAUAAAGUCGGCGUGUCUUCGAAGUUCAGUGCCUUGCUCAGCAGCACCUCGGCAGUGACGUCACACUGAAGUGUCUGCGAUGCGGCGCCCCCUGCUGCCGGCGGGGGGGUCGGUGCCUUGCCCCCGGACCCUGAGACGGGAAUCAAACCCGUGUGUCUGAAAGGAAGGUUGAGUGCUGCCUAAACUGUGACCCGCGGCCCCCUGCGGGACCCCGAGGAGGAUAUUUAACGGCCGAAUGUAGACGGACGACUCGCCUCAAACCUUUAACUCCGUGUUUAUUGGACAGGAUCCGACGUUCCUGAGACUGACCUCUGAUCAGAUGGAAUAAGAUCAUGGACUGAUCCUUGGAUCUGUUGGUGCCUGAAGGUUUGGACCGACGCCGGAUUCACGAUGCGUUCGGGGACAAUCUGAGAUUUGGACAGUGAAGAUGAAAGUUUGUAGAAAUAAGUUGUAAUUUUGAUUUAAUAGAAGAAAGUUUUGUUAUUUUGAGGAUGAAGUCAGAAUAUUUCAUGUAAAAGUUGUUUCAGCAUCAAAGUGACUCGACUUUAUUCUGAAGGAUUCACUCUUUGUUCUAAAUGUUUUCAUGUAAAAUCCUGUUUUUUAUUGACGUCAUGACUUUAUCGUAUUUGGACUCUUGAACUCUGUUGUUGAGAUCCAAGUUGAACUGGACGCCUUAGUGGGAGAACUGGUCCCGCACCAGUAACUCGGCCCGUUCCCGCUGGAGACGUUGUGGUUUGUAUUUUUCUAUGAGAGACAGUCAGGAAUAAAAUGAAUGUUUGAAACGCCAAAGACGAGCUGCGUGAGAACCAGGACGGACUCGUCUGAUCUUCAGUCAGAAGAGACGACAUCAUCAAAACUCUGAAAGAAAGUUUAACAUCUAAACACGAGCAGCCGAGAAUAAACCGAAAAGAUUUGAUUUGAAUCUGGAAAUAUCGGAUUAUUAUUAAUGUGACCAAACAUUUGAUGUCAGCUUUGAGUCCCAGAAUCAGGUGAGAAGACCUGAAGCUAAAGGUUUUACCUGAAGUCGAAGCAGGAAACCUGAAUCACAUCAAAGUGCAGCAGAGCGUCAAAGAAACUUCUGAAACGUGACGUGUUGCCUCUCGAAGUUUCUGUCGUUCAUUCACUCCGAGACCUUUGAGCUCUGAAGAGAUGUCAGACAGUGAAGUACUCACAUCCUCUACUGCAGUAAAAGUACUAAUACGCACU